CGUCACAUAACGAAACGCCACGCUAGAAAGGAAAAGGACCACUCACUCGCUCACCCACAAACUUCAAUCAUUUCGAAAACAAAAUCUUCUUCCUUAACCGACCACUCUCUCAUUCUCACUCUCCUCAACCCAACCAAACCAUGAUGUGGGAAUGGGAACAAGAACAUGAACAACAACAUCAAUUUCGACAACCACAACACUUCCCAGAAACCCGAUCAAAUUCCCGACCCAAAUUCCUAUCUCAACUUCGAUUUCCUCUCAACUCUCUCUAAACCCAAGGAUUAUUACAAGAUAUUAGAAGUGGAUUACGAUGCAAAUGAUGAUACUAUUCGCUCUAAUUACAUUCGUCUUGCUUUGAAAUGGCACCCGGAUAAACAGAAAGACCAGGAUUCCGCCACGUCACGGUUUCAAGAUAUAAAUGAGGCCUACCAGGUUUUGAGUGAUCCAGACAAAAGGAGAGAGUAUGACAUAAACGGGAUGCGUUACGUAUAUGAUUACAAUAUCAUUGAUUAUCUUAACCGUUACAAGGGUCUCAUAUUGACUUGCAAUGGCCUUGGCAUAAAGCAUUCAAUAUGGUAAAAGAAAACCGGCAUCUCAGACAUCCUCAUCCAGUGCCUCUUGGACAGGUUUUUGAAGUACCUGGCACUGCAUGCCAUUAUCAGUAGUAAAAACAGAUGCUUAUGAUGUCCUAGAGGAAUAGCUUCAGACUUUAUGUAUAAUAGUAAACAUAGACAAAAUGUGAUUUCUACGUCUUGUAAUCGAUGACUGUUAUCUCGCGCUCUCUGUUUGCUUUCAGAUGUGUUUAUAUCGCUCAACUUUCUGUUUAUCUGUAAAUGAAAACUUGGUUCACGAUUCUUAUGUUGCCUGAAAUUCUGAUAUUGCAACUUGAAGAGAGAACAAACGCUGAUGGUUUUUUA